AUGGCCGGUCGGAGGGUAGUGUGCACGCUGUUGCUAGCCUCGCUGUUCGCGCUGGCCCUCAGCCGGCGCCUCAUCUGCUGGCAGGCCAUCCUGCAGUGCCAGCGGGAAUCGGACUGCAGCUAUGCCUACAGCCAGUACACCGAGGCUUGUUCGUCAGCCUUGCCCCGGCCGGGAGAGGCCCCGUCCUCGCACAGCACGGGCCGCCGCCGCUGCCCCAGCCACUGCAUCUCAGCCCUCAUCCAGCUCAACUACACCAAGGGAGGCCCCGCUCUGGAGGACUGUGACUGCGCCAUGGACGAACUCUGCAAAGCCACUAAGCGGGCCAUCGAGCCGUGCAUGCCGAGGACCAGCGGAGGUGCUAGUGCUGGAGGAGGGGGCGGAGCCGCCGGGGGAGGCGGGGCGGUCAUGGGCUGCAUGGAAGCCCGCAGACUAUGUGAGAGUGACCGGCGCUGCCACUCUUCGCUCAGCCGCUACCUGACCAAGUGCGGCCGGCUGUUCAAUGGGGUGCGCUGCACGGACGAGUGCCGGGGGGUUAUAGAGGACAUGAUGCAGGUGCCCAAGGCUCUGCUACUCAAUGACUGCGUGUGUGACGGCCUGGAGAGGCCCAUCUGCGAGUCCAUCAAAGAGAACAUGGCUCGCCUCUGCUUCGGGGCAGACAUGGGCAACGUGGGGCCGGGCAGCAGUGGGGGCUCAGACUACGAUUAUGACGAUGAGGAGUACGAUGAUGAACUCCACCAGGGCAGGGAAGGCUCCCAGGAAGAGGACAUGAACCGGGUGAUUAGUGACACCACCGGGGGCUCGGCCGCCACUUCCGCUUCCCUGCUGGGGAUCUUGGGGACAUCCAUGGUGCUGCUUGUUCUGCUGGGGUGA